AUGGAAGUCACUACUCCCACAUCGGCCGCGUCCCCAAAUAAUGCACCUUCACCGACAACCCAGAUCGCGAAAGAUUCCCUGAUGGUUGAUAGAGCCUGUAUGUUUGCGCAAGGUCAACAUGAGAAGCUUUUGAAUCUCCUGAAUGGGGAGGAGAGAAGGACCCUGUCCGACUGGCUGUACCAAUAUUGGUUCUUUUGUUUUAAGACCGCCAAACACUGGGGCAAAGGGCCAAGGACGUGGACAGCGGAGCUUUUGAAAUUCAACCAAUACCUUUUUACUGCCCCAUCUAAUCUUCCCGCAACACCCCAGGAUGUGAUAUACCCGUCCACACUACACAACAACGAUGAACUGACGCCGCCCACGGAUCUUUGCCGAUGGUACAUUCAUGCGCAUGAGGAGGAUUUAGAAUCCAUAUCGGACGGCGAUCUCGACCCGGAAGACAAUCUCGACCCUGAUGACGAUACCUUUUGGCCACAAUGGUCGCCGAACAAGCAGCAACCUUCCUUUCAGUGUCAUUUGCGGAAUGCGCUUGAACACAAUGAUUUUAGUACCACCUCUGCCACAGAUCUCCCUGUUGCCAUUCCAGCAAUCGCAAAAGCUGCAGACGAGGAACGCUCCAACGAAUUGCUCCUUGAGUCUCUUGGUUUCAGCAUAAUGAGUCGGAAUCUUGACCAGAUUGAGAACGUAUUGCGCCAGUUGAAAGAUAAGAACAUCGAUCCAUCACCACUGUAUCCGUUUCAUCUGGCGACCAGUUUCCUCGAUGGGUCUAAAUCUUGUUGCGAUGUGGUCUACCAGCUCGCACGUUGGCCUCAUGGAAUUAACGGAGUCGAGAGCCGUAAGACGUACCUGAACGAACAUGGGCAUACCAUAUUGGAUAACCUAAUGAUUACAAUCAUCAAGUCUCACACAAGCGCAAAACCUGUUGUCGUGGACGAGGAUUUCAAGGAUGUCGCUCGGUUCGUUGGAGAAGAGGUCGAUAUCUGUGGUCGUUGGGAUGCGGACUCCCUUUGCAUACGUCAGCUUUAUGCACGCGGUCGUAUAUCGAUACCCGUCAACUGGAAACAUAAAUUCUGCAAUACUUCAAUCCAGGCGGUAUGCCAUUGCAUUGAGCAACUGUUCGACCGCAUGCCACAACGCCUGUUGCUAGAGACACCCAGUGGAUUGUAUAUUCGGCGGUGUUUUGGCACUGGCUGUGGCAAGAAAUUGCAACUGCAGCCUUUGCAUAGUCUAGUGAUGACGGGAUAUCAUCUCGCUACCCAAGGAAUGGAUGGCGAGGAUCUUUUUGGUAUUCUAGCAUGCGCUCUCUGCCUUAUCUUCCAUGGGUUCAACCCUUCCGUAAGAGCAGAUGUUUCAGUCACUGCGUUGCUAUCACUUGACUCAUUCGUCGAGUGCGACCACGUAGAGCUUACGGCUGCCGAGCUUGCAGAGGAGAUUAUGGCUAUGCCAGUAUUCGGAAUUUGGAACACCAAAAUCAAAACAGGGUGGAUUGUACUGGCUGGCAUACUACAUCGUUGUGAGGCAGCGCACCUCAAGCAGGUCGGCAAGGAUGGAUACAACUUAGAGUCACUUGGUGACUGCAAUUGCAUGCGAUCCGCUGAGCAAGGUAGAGACGCCCAUUUUAUGGGUUCGACUAAGCCGGACAAUCAGCUAAAAGAGAUACACGACAUGCUUGACAUUCGUUCGCCCUGUUUCGUUGAGCAAAGGGAUCUCGGUGCGUUAUGGUCUUCAGUUCUAGCAGAGCUGCUGUCGUAUCGACGUCUGAAGGACGGACUUGGCUGGACGUCUCAGUACUUUUCCAUGGAGACUUUGCGGGAGCAGUUAGAAGGAGGUAGAGAUCUCGCGGUAGGAUACACUGAGCAUAACCUGUUGAAAGCUCACUGUGCCUGUCAUAGCUUCGGUCGCGAUUGGCCGACGAUGCUCUUUGACGCGAUCGACCCUGAUAUUGCAAAUGUCUAUGAUGUAUGGGAGCGGACGAGAUACGGGAAGGAGCCAAGGUAUCGGUAUCUCGAGGACCUACCUGCCUCAAGCUUCAGCAUUGUUAAAAGCGGAGAAGAGAUGUAA